GAACGCAGAAGAAGUCUCUCUCUCUCUCUCUCUACGUGUGUGUGCGUGCGUGCGCGCGCCUGUGGCUAUGCUUACUGCACAUUUAUCACUUCACUCCAUCCUCUUUCUUUGUCUUCAAUGGGAAACACUUGAACAACAUACACCCACCACUCCAUUCUAAGUUCUUCUCUCUUCAACCUUUUUUAUCUGCUUUUCCCAAACACUUGAAACCUAGCUUCUCUUCUCAUUCCAAGAUCAUCAAAUUCUCCCAUGAAUUAUUGAAUUCUUCUUCAAAUUAAGUUGAAUCCAACCAAUUCACACCGUAUUUUCCAUUUAAUUUCGGUCAAUCUUUUCCACUGCUUGGUUCCUUCAUGUCUGUGUCCAAGUUAGGGUUUAUUUCUCAUUUAUUUUAAAUGUUCAAUUUCGUCGCCAAUUUGAGACCUUUCUUUGGAAUUUUGUAACCCGUAAACCUGGGUCUCUUUUGAUUUUGUUUCCUUUUGUCUCAGCUUCCUCCAAAUCUUGUUUUUUUUUUUUUUGAAGAAAAAAUUGUAACAAAGCAAGGUUCUUGAUACCUUGAGGCAUUGAAAUUGGGAUGGGGGAAGAAACAUCUGAUGCAAUGAACCUUGAUUUGAAUCUGGGUCCAGGCCCGGAACCCUUAGCUGGUGCCAUAGCUAAUGAAGCUAUGAACUUGGUUGAUGAUUGGGUUGAGGAACCUUUUCAUAGAAUCAGUGAAGCCGUGAGGCGUAGAGCCAGACAACGUUGGCGAUGGCGCCAUCAUCUUCCUGAAGGCAAUGUCCACCAUAUCCAAACUGAACCCUGGUGGCGCCAUUUUCGCAACCCCGAAAAUAUCUCAAUGGAAAUGAAUCAGUUUUUGGUUAAUUCUGGCAAUGGAAGUGUGUUGCAGGCUGGUGAAGGUAGUGUGGCAGCUGAGGAAAGAGUUGAGGAGGAGGUUCACAAAGUAUGUGAAAGUAGAAGUGGUGGUUUUACAUUGGAUGAGACAUUGAAGAAGGAGGAUGUUGAAAAGGGUGGUGGUGGUGGUGGUGGUGGUGGUGGCAGUGUUGGUGGGUUUUUUGAUUGUAAUAUUUGUUUGGAUCUGGCUAGGGAUCCUGUUGUGACUUGUUGUGGUCAUUUGUUUUGUUGGCCAUGUCUCUAUAGAUGGCUGCAUUUGCAUUCUGAUGCUAAGGAAUGUCCUGUUUGCAAGGGAGAGGUUAGUGUUAAGAGUAUUACCCCUAUAUAUGGUCGAGGUAACAAUGUCAAAGUUACUGAGGAGGAUUUUGCAUUGAAAAUCCCUCUCAGGCCCAAUGCAAGCCAUGUCUCCGAGGAUUCGACAACGAAUCCUCUAAGACAAACCAUUCAGAGGAAUGCAUUUGCUAUGCCUAUGGAAGAGAUGAUUCGGCAUCUCGGUAGCAGACUUGAUCUUACUCAGGAUAUUGUUCAGCCAAAUGAGCUUGACAAUGCAAGGGAAACAGCAGAGAGAACUAGUUCCUUGUUGAGUAGGUUUUUGGCAGCUAGAGGUCUGAGGAGAGAGCAUAAUCUUGGGGCAGCACCCCAUGAUGAUGAAGCGGGUUCGAUACAAAACAAUGUUGGUAGUACUCCUUUGGUAGAAGAUAACCGCAGGGUCCAAUCCCUUUUGCGUAGAAGAGCACAAACACAUAGAGGGACCCUUUCAUCCACUUUGAGUUCUGCUGAAAGGUUCGCUGAGGCCUAUUUCCGCAGCUAUACAUUAGGUAGAAACCAAGAACAACCUCCUCCAAUUGAAGACAGGGAUUCCUUUUCAAGCAUUGGUGCUGUCAUAAAUUCAGAGAGUCAAGUGGACACUGCUGUAGAAAUUGAUUCCAUGGUGUCCUUGUCAACAUCUUCUUCUAGGAGGAGAAAUGAUGCUGCAAGAGUGUAUGAUGUGGAUAGUGGAGAUUCUCGUGCUCCAAGGCGAAGACGUUUGACCUGAUUCAAGUCUUUUUCAUUCUUGUUAAUUACUAUACCAUCCUUUAACAUUCCAGAUAAUCAUAUUCCAACACCUAUGUAAGUGCUUCUAGCUUUUGUGUGGCUUUAUAUUUAUGAAAAGUAUUCACGUUUUACUACAUGUUUUUCUUUUUGGAAAAAGUUCCUAUAAACUGAGUUUGUGUUCAAAGUGUACAAGAUAUAUCACCUUUGAUUUGAUUCAAAGUACAUCGUGACACAGAUACACCCUUAGUUGUGCAAUUUAGAGAUGAGUUCACUUUAACCGAGCCUUUUUUUUUUAUGGAUGUAAGAUGAUUUUGGAAGGCUCAGGAUUCUGUC